AUGGAGGCGCAACAGGGACCGCGCCGGUUCUCUGGUAACAGCGCGCUCGUUCGUCCCAUACUGGAUGAUGGUGUCAAUGUCAAGAAGAACACCAACUACGGUGCAAUAGUCGCGGACGCGAGUGAGGAAGAAACGCUGAUAGAAAGAGAUGGAGGAGAGGUCAGGACCAGCCCAGGGAAGGAGACGAGACUUCUGAUCAAGUAUUCGGUACCACUGUGUCUGACCUACGUUCUGCAAUACAGCUUCAGUUUGAUCACCAUAUUUGUGGUCGGGCACAUUGGAACAGAUGAGCUUGGCGCUGUGUCCCUAGCUACCAUGACGGCCAAUAUCACGGGCUUGGCGGUGUAUGAAGGCCUUGCUACGAGCUUGGAUACGCUGUGUGCGCAGGCGUAUGGAAGUGGAAGGAAAGAACAGGUUGGUCUGCAUUUGCAACGCAUGGUGCUGUUCAUGCUGCUAGUCACAGUUCCCAUUGCCGCUGUGUGGUUGUUCUCAGGAUGGAUUUUGGCCGCACUAGUCCCCGAAAGAGAGCUGGCGUACAUGGCAGGCCACUAUUUGCAGAUACUCCUCGCAGGCGCUCCGGGAUAUGCCAUCUUCGAGGCAGGAAAGCGGUUCACGCAGGCACAGGGCUUGUUCAAUGCUUCACUUUUUGUGCUUAUGGUUGCGACACCCGUCAACAUCGUCCUGAACUACCUCUUCGUUUUCGUUUUGGACUGGGGCCUUACUGGAUCUGCGCUGGCAACAGUCGUCUCGAAUACGCUUCUGCCAAUUCUUCUUUGCAUAUACGUCUAUUUCAUCGCGCCAUCAAGUCUGGAAUGCUGGAAUGGCUUCACACGCGCAGCACUCACCAACUGGGGUCCCAUGACCAAGCUGAGCCUCCCCGGAGUUGUUAUGGUAGAAGCAGAAUGGCUGGCGUUUGACAUUCUAACCUUCUCCGCUUCUUACCUCUCGACAGAACAUCUCGCUGCCCAGAGCGUCGUCAUGACCACCGCAGUUAUGAUAUACCACAUCCCCUUCAGUACCAGCGUCGCCGUAUCCACUCGCUUGGGCAACCUCAUUGGGGCCGGUGCGCUCCCGGCGGCUCGCAUCGCAACACGUACAUACAUUGUCAUCUUCCUCAUCAUCGGGGUUGUAGACGCUGCGCUCUUGACCCUUCUCCGACAUAUCCUACCUCGAGCAUUUACCUCCGAUCCCGAAGUCAUUCGAAUCGCCGCUUCCGUGAUGCCCAUUCUUGCGCUUUUCCAGCUCUCCGACGCGGGAUGCGCACUAGCAAAUGCCAUCUUGCGCGGCCUGGGCCGCCAGGACAUCGGUGGCUAUGUCAAUCUCGGUGUGUAUUAUCUCGUGGCCAUCCCAGUCGCGUUUGCUCUUUGCUUUGGGCCGCUGAAGUUGGAGUUGUAUGGCUUGUGGACCGGAUGUUUGGUGGGAAGUUGUUUGAUCUGGAUGAUUGAGGGCGUGUACUGCAAAUUGUGGAAGUGGCAACAUGCCAUUGACGAAGCGCAAGUAAGAGAGGGGGAUGAGGAAUGA